UAUAUAGAUACGACGUGAAAACUAAAAAUAUUACUAAAGGUUAAACUUUGAUUGCGUAUAAAAUAUCAUUAUUCGCCCCUGAAAUGAUUCAUUCCGCGUAUGUAUCACAAUGGAUAAAGCUCUUAUCUGACACUUAUCUUAAGACCAUAACCAAUAUCAAUAUCUUUAAAGAAGACUUGUUAGACAAAUUUAUUAUUAAAAUGGCAGAAUCACAUGAAUUAAACAGUAUAGAUUCAAAUGUAAAUAAUGAUGAUAUUCUAAUGAUGAGUAUUAUGGAGUUAGACGCCUGUUUAGAUGAACAGGAGAAUGAUGAACAGGAUAGUGUGCAACAAAGAUCAUCAGGAUUGUCAUCACUUCCUAAUGAAAAUGACAUCCUGACGGAUUUGGAUUCUGUAAUUCCAUAUGCAACUUGUCAUAUAAGAAGAAACACACAAAUAUCAUUUCAGGACCAUGCGGAAACUAUUGCAACUCGUUUGCAAUGCAGCAAUCGACUCAUGCAAGAUGAUUUGACUGCCGAACAACUUAGAAUGGAUAUUUUAAAAUCUAUGCCGCAGUGUUUAACUAUAAGAAGAUUAGUAAAGUCUAAAUUACACACAACAGUGCAACAGAGAUCAAAGAAGAUAUCUAUUGGUUAUUGGAAAAGGCUCAAAUAUAAAAUCAGUUUUGCUUUUCGAAAGGUGCAUAUGAUAAUUCAAGAUAUUGGGCAGACUAUGGAACUUUGGUACCAUACAAUAAAAUCAAUAGAAGGUCAGUUUGGAAGCGGAGUAGCUGUUUAUUUCAAGUUUUUAAGAUGGCUAAUUCUUUUAAAUAUUAUGUUUGCUCUCAUGAGCAUUAUGUUUAUUGUUCUUCCACAAUCUUUGGAUCAAGUAUAUUUACCUUCAUCUUUUAAUGCUUUGGAUUUUGUAACAGGCAGUGGAUUUUUCGAAAAUACAAUAAUGUACUAUGGAUUUUAUAGUAAUUAUACAGUAGAAAAAAUAUUUACCAGUACAUACAGUAUUCCUUCUGCUUAUUUUAUUACAUUACUUUGUGCUUAUAUAUGUACGUUUAUUAUACUUUCUGUUAAGGUAGUAUUAUCUUAUAGGAAACGCUAUAUUGAAAUUCGUGAGAAAGUACAGUAUUUAUAUUGUAACAAAGUAUUUUGUGGAUGGGAUUUUGCUAUAUCCUCUACAAAAGCAGCAAAUUUACAAUCUACAUCUAUUUGUAGAGAGUUAAAAGAACUUUUAGCUGAAACAAAAAAGCAUUCACAACAAAAUCGUUUUAUGAAAUUGUAUGUUAUAUUUGUACGUAUAAUUAUUUCUAUAAUAACUUUUUGUAUGAUAUGUGGAACUAGUGCAGUACUAUGGGUAUUAUUAACUAAACAUGAAAUGGAUAAAUCAAAUGCAUCAGUAAUGAUUGUACCUGUGGUUAUUACAAUUAUUAUGAAUAUAUUCUCAAUAAUUAUCUCUUUCUUAGCAAAAGUGGAAAGAUAUAACAGUAAACGCGUUGAAGUGUAUGUAACUGUGAUUAGAAUUCAUGCAUUAGCUGCAGUGAUAAUCAGCACCCUUCUUGCUUUUUGGCUAAUACAUAGCACAGAUGGAUGUUGGCAAACAGAAUUGGGAAAAGAAAUAUAUCGACUUAUAUUUAUAGAUUUUAUUAUCUCAAUUUUUAUUUUAUAUAUGAUUGAAACAGUGCGCUCUGUUAUAUAUGUAACAGUUUGGAAAGGAGUUGGAAGAACAAAAUUUGAUAUUGCCCAUAGUACAUUAAAUCUUAUUUAUAAUCAAAUGCUUUUCUGGCUAGGUUGCUAUUUUAGCCCAUUGUUGUCUUUGAUAAUCAUUAUAAAAAUGAUAUUAACAUUCUAUGCAAAAAAGCAUAGCUUAUUAAAUUAUUGUGAGCCACCUUCAAGACCUUGGAGAGCAGCACAAACCCAUACUCUCUUUUUAGCACUUUCAUUCAUUGGUAUAAUUAGUAUAUUAAUUAUGAUAGGAUAUAUUAUCACAAAUGUACGAACUUAUGAAUGUGGGCCUUUUAAAGGACACAAUUAUACUUGGGAGUAUGUAGUUGAUGGUGUUCUUGAACUAAAAAGAGAUAGUGGUUUUUGGGUACUGAUAAGUGAACUUUCAAGACCCUCAAUUGGAGCAGCAAUAUUAAUUGCAAUGAGUGUUGGAGUCUACUGGCUUAGAGCUAAAGCACAAGCAAAUAAGGAAAUGUUGAUCAUUUUACAAGAUAUGCUCAUGUUACAUGCACGAGAUAAACAAUUUCUUUUUGCUAAGAUUACUAAUGCAGGUAAAAUUUAUAGACGAACUCAUUUGAGAUAUUCCAGGAGUUAUGUCACAGAUGAAACAAAAGAUUCUACUUUAUCAAAUGAAAAAGACUAGAUACCAUGGAGUAUUAUUUUUAUUACGUACCAAAUAAUGAAAUCAUGACUAUAUUUUUAAAAAUAUUACAGAUAUUUAUAUUAGUUUUAAGUAAUAAUAUUUGUAUAUGUUUUGAUCGUAUACGAAUAUUUAAUUUUUGAAUAAGAUAAGAUAAGAACAAAAAUUGUAAUAUAAAGUAUUAUUGAAACUAAAUGUAAUAUAUUUUAUUGUAAACAAA